AUGGUGCAGAUCAUCAUGACGCGCUUCCGCCUAGAGGGCUCCGACAGGACCGAGACCUUCCUCUGCACGGUGCCCAUGUUCCACGUCUACGGCCUCGUCACCUUCGCCACGGGGCUGCUCGGCUGCGGCGCCACCAUCAUCGUGCUCUCCAAGUACGAGCUCCCCGAGAUGCUGCGCUCCAUCAACGAAUACGGGGUCACCUACCUCCCGCUCGUGCCGCCCAUCCUCGUCGCCAUGCUGGCGCACCCCAAGCCGCUGCCGCUCGGGAACCUGCGCAAGUUGGUCUCCGGCGGAGCGCCGCUGAGCAAGGAGCUCAUCGAGGGGUUCAAGGAGAAGUACCCGCAGGUGGAGAUCCUGCAGGGCUACGGGCUGACGGAGAGCACGGCUAUCGGCGCGUCCACGGACUCUGCCGAGGAGAGCCGUCGGUACGGCACGGCUGGGCUGUUGUCGCCCAACACCGAGGCUAAGAUCGUCGAUCCGGAGACCGGCGAGGCGCUGCCGGUGAACCGCACCGGCGAGCUCUGGAUCCGGGGGCCAUACGUCAUGAAAGGGUAUUUCAAGAACACGGAGGCAACACAGUCAACGUUGACACCUGACGGAUGGCUCAAGACUGGGGAUCUCUGCUACAUAGAUGAGGAUGGGUAUCUCUUCGUUGUGGAUCGGCUGAAGGAGUUGAUCAAAUACAAAGGGUAUCAGGUGCCUCCGGCAGAGUUGGAAGCUCUUUUGCUAACACACCCAGAAAUCCAAGAUGUCGCCGUUAUACCGUUUCCUGAUCGGGAGGUCGGCCAGUUCCCAAUGGCCUACGUGGUGAGGAAGAAGGGGAGCAAUUUGUCAGAGCGCGAGGUGAUGGAGUUUGUGGUGAAACAGGUAGCGCCUUAUAAGAAGGUAAGAAAGGUGGCGUUUGUGACAGAAAUUCCCAAGAACGCGUCCGAGUUUACUGUUGUCAUCCACGAGCAGCGAGCCAUUCUCUACGCUGCCCCAGUAUUGUAG